UUUCAAAAGGAAACGGAGGACUUGAUAGUCCUGCCUUUCUGAAGACUUCAGAAUAGUUCUGUUCCAGGAAGCUGCACAAAGAGCAAGUUGCACCGUGAUGAAAAACUUUUUGCAUACGUUUGUUAGUCUUUAACAAAGUGGAGUGUUGAGGUUUGGAAUAUUUUACACAUUUAUGUUUUGAUCGUUCUCUGAACUGACAGAUAGCUAAACCCUGGAUUUCUUCAUUUACGGUCAACUCUUCAAGAAACUUUGCAUUUUCUUCUGAAUGCUUUUAUCACUACCAGCAGAUAGAAAAGAGUAAAAUACUCUUUUAAGAAAUGACACACAUGAACAACUUUUGCAGGUCAUCUGAAAUACCCGGAGUCCCAAAGGGUAUGCAGUACGCCUUUUCAAGAUGUAUCAAAUAUCUCAUCUAAUGUCAACACCAACAGCAAGUAAAUGUUCUUCAGAGUCUGAUCAAGAAGAGCACGGGCAAAGAGUGUCCCCUGGACACAUCUUGCCAAGUUAUGCUUAUAGCUUUCUGGAUAAUGAAACGUCCUAUGAAUGUUGUUCAAUAAACCCCUUGACCGGCUCUCUCUUCACGUGUCGCCGGAGUCCUCGGCUUCUGGCUAAUGGCUAUUACGUUUUGACUGAAGACAGUUUUCUGGCAGAUGAAGAUGGCAACAUAACGUUGACUCCAUCGCAGACAAGUAUAACCUACAAGGAAAACUUAGUGAGGAUUUUCAGGAGAAGGAAGAAAAUCCGGGAUCGUUCACUUGCUAGUCUGUUUAAUCUCAGUGCCUCGCAUUCAUGGAGCAACAGCACAGUCCUUAGUGAUAUGGAUUCUUCUUAUAUGGAAGAACCUUGGAUUGAUGGGUGCAGUAAACUAGAUACCAGUCAGAGCUGUAACUAUGGUGACUCUGAAUUUUCUCUCAGCUGCAAUUCCUGGUUGCCAGAAAGGCAAACUCCAGCAGCUAAGGAACCCUCGCUCACUAAAGCUGAGACAUACAGUCAGUCAAGGAAACAGUUUUAUGAUUCCUCUUCCUGCUCCCAGUUUAUGGCAAAUGAUUUUGAAGAACCUUUGGUUUAUUCAAAAUCCAAUACAUUGAAAAAUGUGUUUUAUCAAAUAAUUAUGCUGUCCAUGUGUUUAAUCAUCUCCAUUUGUGCCAGAUGCUUCCUGGGAGGAGUCUUUGUCCAUCUGCUGACCUUUUUGCUGCUGAUAAUUUUAUUUUAUGCUGCCAUGUCAUCUGUUUUCAGGCUUGUCGUGUCUUUCAAAACCACCAAAUUGUGGAAAUAAUUGACAGAAUGAACUGGUAAGUAGAAUGCUUAGUUUUGCAUAAAGAAAUAUGACCAAUUCCAUAAAGCCUUAUGGGAUUAGGGGAAAAGGAAUACUCCAGAGAAAAGUUCUGACAACAUAAAAAAAAUCUCCAGCCUGAUCACCUGAUUCUAAUUAGAUCUACUCAUUACUGGAAUAGGGGGCCUUCCAAAAAAAGCCCAUAGAUUCUUGGGAAAUGUUAGGGUGAGUCAGUAGGCCUCCUUCUUUUAGUUAGCAUUGUAUUUAUGUGUUAAGGAGGGUGUUGUCUUUAUUGAUAAGCUGUAUAACCAAUGUUUCAUCCACUUGUGCUGAAAAGAUCCUGUGAAAUCCUUUGCGAGAAAUGGGGUUUAAGCCUGAUAUUUCAGUUAAAAUUAUUAAUUUAAAUUAUUAAAUUCAUUAAUUUUUUUCAUAUGAUUUAGCAAAACCUGUAGAAAAAUAUACCUGAAUCCCAGUCAUCAGGUUUAUAACCUGCUUCAUCAGAAAUUAGAUUGCAAAAAGCUUGCCCCUUGCUUUUCCUAGAAACUUGAAAGCACAUUAGUCAUUUAUGUACUUUUCAGUAUCAUUUAAUUAACAAUAUUUAUUUUCCCUGUUCCCUAAAUCUAGGUUUGCUAGCACUUAUGCAUUAUAUAGCUGGUUAUCAUCUUUCAUCUGUCUCUGCAAAAUUCAGCAGAAUCAUCAGUAUCCUUUUCCUGACUAACACAAUAUUUGAACUAUGUUUUGAUCCAUUCAUUGAUUUGUGUAAGAUCAUCCUUCUUAGCAGAGUGCCUGCACCUGAUCUUGCAAAUUGAACCAUGAAGGCCAAAUUCACAGCUCCUGCAGAGUACUAUUUGUCAGUGGGGCCCUGUUGAGCCAUAGGGGUCUACCCAAGCUUUUAGCUUGCAGUAUCUGGGACCUUUGCAAGUACACAUAUAUAAGUAGGCAAAUGAUUAUCAAUCCCUGCAAAUCCAUUUUUUGUUAAUGUCUAAACAGAGUUUGCCAGCUUUGUUUCUCUCUCCAUACUACUUGUGUUAAAGUUUUAUCAUAAUUUGAGGUCAAAGGCUACAAACAAACAUCACAUUUAUCCUGGAUUUACUAUUGCAUCCUGGGACAAAAUGCAAGCUUACAGAUGUCCAUGUUGUUUAUCCCAGGAUAAAUCCUAAAAGAGUUUCCUGGAUAAAAGGUAGGGACAGUUUAUCCUGGGAUAUUGCAGAGUAUGUCUGUAUAGUUAUCCAAGGAUAGUGUCAUUUAAUCUAUGGAAGAAAAAUGACUCAGCAUUCAGCUGCUCACUAAACCCUGAUCAGAAGUAUGAUGUGUAUACACACAAAUAUCAGAACAUUUUUCUGCUGUGAUAAACACAAGCAGAGGCAGUGCCGGAUUAUGACACGCUGAUGGCCCAAACUAUGUGCAAUUUAAGAGGGCCCAUACAAUAAAAAUAAUCCACGAAAUCGGAUUUUCAUGAAAUUUUAAAAUGAAUUAUUGUUAUUUCUGUACAAAU